AUCUGUGAUGCAAUUCUUCUACCAAUCCAACAACAAUGUCUGUGAUCCAAAUAACAAAACAGAUAGUGGCCUCACUUUCCAUCAAAACAAUAACAACAUGGUUUCUCUCCAAAGGAAGCGUUCCAGAGACUUAUUCAUAUCCGAAUUAUUCACAGAACAACAACACAAGAAACAACAACAACAACAACCACCACCCUUCAUCAACCAAGAUAUUCUCUUCCAAUUUCAGAACCAAACUCAAUCCGAAAUCGACCGUGUACUCGCCCAUCAUACAGAGAAGGUGAGAAUGGAAAUGGAAGAACAGAAGAUUCGGCAAUCUCGGCUUGUCCUAAGCUUGUUACAAGAAACAAUGGCGAAGAAGCUGAAGGAAAAAGACGAAGAGAUUCAGAGAAUGGAGAAACUGAACAUGGCGCUUCAAGAGAGAGUUAAGAGCCUCUGCGUAGAGAACCAAGUAUGGAAGGAACUCGCUCACACAAACGAGACAACAGCCAAUUAUCUCCGAACAAAUCUCGAACAGAUCCUCGCACAUGUCGGCACCGGCGCCGGCGCCGACGACCACCGUCACGGCGGUGCCGACGACGACGACGCAGAGUCAUGCUGUGGGAGCAAUGAUGAUAUUCUUAACAAGAAUGAAAAAAAGUGUGGUUCGGCGGAGGAGGAGACGGCGGCGACAGCGGCGGUUGGCGGCGGCGGAGGAGGAGAAGGGGUUAGUAGGAUGUGUAAGAGUUGUGGGGUUAGAGAAUCAAUAGUGCUGUUACUGCCAUGUAGGCAUUUGUGUCUUUGCACAAUGUGUGGGUCCAGUGUUCGGAAUUGCCCUGUUUGUGACUCUGGCAUGGAUGCUAGUGUUCAUGUUAAUCUCUCUUAGAUUUUCUUAAUCUUGUUUUUAUUACAUUCAAAUUAGAAUUAGAUAGU